GCGUCCAUCAACGUCACAUGCCAGCCUCCAAUGUGUCAUUCGAUAUCUGAUCCCAAGAUGGCAUCUUCGGUACCUCCAAGCGUGACGGAAUUCGUGGAGAAUCUCAAGCUGCAGGCCCAGCGCCACAGCGUACUAGCGCCCGUCUUCGCCCUGGCGCUCGCUCGUUUCGUGUACCACCGUCGUCGUGGCCACCUGGACCAAUUGCGUCUCCACAGUGCACUGAGUCGCCAACUGACCGUCGAGUUCGAUCACUCCCACCACGAUGAUGCUGUGCUCCACAGUCCAAUCUCAGCUCCAGCUGAAGAGUGGCAUCUCGUGGAUGGAGAUGGCACACAGGCACAGUCGCUGGUCUAUUAUCCAAUGGACAAGCCCGAAGGACACAAUGUUCUCGUGCUCGUCAUCCCUGGCAACCCCGGAGUCCCAUUCUACUACCUUCCACUCAUGCAGGAGCUCGUCAAGAAGCACGGACGUCAUCACGAAGUCCGCUGCUUGUCACACGCGGGCCAUUUCAUGCCCUGGAAGAACAACGGCCGCGCUUUCUCUCUCCAAGAGCAACUUGAACACAAAGCCUUCUACCUCCAACACCGUCUACGUGACGAUCCGACGUUGCAAUUCGUAGUUAUUGGCCAUUCAAUCGGCAGCUACUUUGCACUGGACAUUGCACGGCGAUUCCCUCAACAGAUCGCCAAACUGGUGCUCAUGCAGCCGACUAUCAUGCACAUGGCAUUGUCCCCUAAGGGCAAGCAGAUGAUGCCGCUGUUCAACCACUACGAGCGUGGAGUGACUCUGGUUGGAGCAGUGGAAUAUCUAGUGCCUUCUGUGCUACGUCGCUGGAUUGUACGUUGUGUGGUGGGAUCUAAAACGUCGGAGACGCUGCAGUUGGCGUCGCUGUCACUGGUUAAUUCGAGUGUCAUGCGUAAUGUAUUGGGAAUGGCUGCAGAUGAGAUGAAAUACGUGACAGAACUGGAUAAUGAGCUGAUUACAGAGUUCGAGAGUAAGACUUUGUUCGUCUACUCGACGAUGGACGAGUGGGUACCAGCAGAAUUCGUGCAGGAAUACCAGGUGCGCUUCCCGAACGCGCAACACCGCGUUGUGCCACAAGCUCAUGCUUUCAUGAUGGAAAAGAACGGAACGCGCGACAUGGCUGCUCACAUUUCACAAUGGAUUAGUGAAGCUCUCGAUGGCAAGCAGGUGUGCGAAGUCGAUGCUACUGCAGCCUAAACCUGCCGAUUUAUUACUGUUUGAUCUGCAUGUCUAACGAAAUUGAAUAAUGCUUCCUCAUUGUGAACGAAACUACAAAUUACUUGAUGUG